AUGAUGGCAUGCCACAGAGCACAUCUUAACUUGGAAAGCCUCAAACAAUCUCUGCUCCGAGCAGUUGAACACUUUCCUCAAGAAGUGCUGCGUGUUACUAUUAAUGACUGCCCACGGAGAUGCCUUUAAAUGUAUUCUUCCAUCACGAUCCAUGGCUGCGUUCCUCCAUUUCAUGACAUCCAGCUUUGCAGCGUCUCUUGCUAUCUCGUCCUUCCAGCGAUCCCUCGUUCUACCUCUUUUUCUCUCUUUUUCCACUAUGGCCAUGUCCAGCAUCUUCUUCUGCAGCAUUCUAGUAAUAGGACCUGCCCAUCACAUCUUACCUAAUUUUAUUUAA